ACAACCAUCACCAAUUCCGGUUAUGUUCCACAAGUCUAUAUCACAUUAUUUUCCAGCUUCCCUAGACCAAUUACUUUAUCUUCCAAUUGACUAUCUUCUUUCUUCUGCAGAAUCAAUCAUGGCACUGGCUCCACAUGCAACACAUUCCACAACAGAAUAGCAUCUCCUGUCAAUUGCUAAAACUCACAAACCAAUCUAAGUUGAAAGAUUUUCUCUGCGAAUGAGGAAUCCUACAGCAUUCUUUGCCGGGGCUCUUCUUGUGAUUGGGUUUCUCCUUAGAGAACUCCCCAUGUUUGCUCUUGCAGCAGUAGCAAAUGCAGUGGGAGUAUGGACGAUCUUCCCCUAUAUGGUUGCUGCAUCCACGGCUUUGUUCCUCUACAUUCGCAGUCGCUACUCCUCAAAAAAUUAGCUGUUCUUGUAACUCAAUAUCGAUACAUAGAAAGAUCCAUGAUUCAGUGUUAAAUCCUAUACUGAACAUUUACAUAUAAUUAGUCUUUUCUCAGAUGCUAAAAACACUUAACUGUUACACGCCAAAGGCUAAUGGUUUGUUUGCCUGGAUAGUUAAAUACCAAAGAUUACUCAAUGUCUCUGUAAUCCUUGUGAUGUGGUUCGAAUGCAGACUUUUAUACUUCUCUCAAAGUUAUUACAGGUAUUUGGUAAACUUAACUCCCUUUUUCUAUUGCUUUUGCUCAUUUUGAGUACUGCGUGUUACUAAAAGUUUCUGGGUUUU